AUGUUCGAACAAAGUGCUGAUCAUUCCUAUACAAGUAUAGACCAGAAACUUGCUCGCUUAUCUCCAAUACCCCCUGAUUGUAACCUCUUCAGAGUGUAUGAUCAUUUGCGCAGGAUAAAUGUGAAAGCAUACGAACCUGAAAUAAUCGUUAUUGGUCCAUAUCACCAUGGGAAACCCAACCUGCAGGCGAUGAAAGAACACAAAUUGCGGUAUUUACAAGAGUUCCUUACACAAGCGCAAGAGUCAAGUGUCGAAAGAUACUACAUGGCCACGAGAGACCUAAAAGAUAGAGCGCGCAAAUGUUAUCUAGAACCAAUCAGUCUUAGUGAUAAUGAGUUUGUGGAAAUGAUGCUUUUUGACGGGUGCUUUCUCCUCGAGUUUAUCGUAAAAUACAAUUUCCAUAAUUUGGUAAACGAGGGUGACCCUCUCACCAUGAAUCAGCGGACUUCUUUAGUAAAUCCAGACGUUUCUCCUUGGAUGACAAUCAAAGAUGUGAACCAUAUACUUGGCUUGGCACAUGAUUGUCUGUGUUUAUCAAUUGCUCAGAUGGUGUCUCAUAGAAAUGUUGGUGUUGAUGAUGAGGAGUGGGAGUUCAUAAAUUGUACCACAGAACUCCAAGAAGCCAGAAUUCAGUUAAAGGAGGCAAAGGGAA